UAUCAGAAACAAUUUCAAAACAAAUUAAAAAAAUGGUUUCUAUUACCCAAUAAAGCUCUAUCAGCGAUUAUUCCUAAACAUUCAUUGAUGCAAUCUGACUAAAAGAAACUGAUCGCCGAUAAGCGUAUUGAUGUAUAUAAGAAGCAUCUGAUUAUCAUCUAAUCAUGACCACAGCACAGUAUCACGGUUAUAUUUUUAUAUUUUCGUAGUUUCAUUUGAACUAUCGAGGAGAUCUAUCCCUACAAAUACCGUCUCAGAUUAGUAUACAAUUUUACAAUUUUAUCAAUAAACUAGACCAUGUUUCGUUACAAUUAUCUGAACCACGACGAGGUGAAACGCUUCGAGACACCUUACAGCGAAAACUUCAUGGAGGUACAUCUGGAAGACACAUCGGUAAAUCCUACGGGAAAUUCGUCGUGGAAACCAAUCCAUUGUAUUAUGCCAUCCAAAUAUCGUCUGUAUGCGGACCGGAUCAGAAAUUUAACCGUAUACGAAGACGAUGUAUGGGUUGUCACGUUUCCCAAAGCAGGCACAACGUGGACGCAAGAAAUGGUAUGGCUUACCGUCAACCUGAAUGAAAGAUCUGUUUUUCUUGAGGUUUGUGCAUUUAUUUCCAACAUAGAAAAACCGGACACGAUAGGAAAAGUCGAAAGGCUUCCCCGACCUCGGCAUAUUAAAAGCCAUCUACCUUUGGCCUUACUCCCUAAGCAACUUUGGACAGUUAAACCGAAAAUUAUCUACACAGCAAGAAACCCAAAAGACGUAACUACUUCUUUCAUGCAUCAUUAUAGACAUCUGCAGGGUUUUAAUGGUUCGCAAAAAGACUUCCUGGAUGGAAUUCUUGCGGAUAAAAUCAUGUACUGUCCUCAAAUCAAGCAUGCCACCGAAUUUUGGGCUUUAUCUCACCGUGAUCAUAUACUUAUUCUGCACUAUGAGGAUAUGAAAAGAAAUUUACCGGAAGUGAUUCAAAAAGUUUGCCAUUUUUUCGGAAAGUCCUACACCAAGGAACAGUUGACAGAUUUAGAAAAGCAUUUAAUGUUCGAUACAAUGAAAGCUAAUAAUGCUGCUAAUAAUGUGGCAUUGGUGGCAGAGGUACAAUCCGGAAUGGGGAUCUCCACUGAUUUUAAAUUCAUGCGGAAGGGCCAAAUUGGAGCGUAUAAAGAGGAACUGCCAGAAGAGUUCAUCGUGAAGCUGGAUGAGUUCAUCCGGUACCAGUUACUUGGAACAGAAUUCAAAUACAGGGAGUAGAAGAAUCCGUACUAGAAGACGUUGACAAUUGCAAUCGUUACAAAUAGUUAACGAAAGGUAUUAAAUAAAGAAUAAAUAGAAGAA